AGAAGAAGAAACCAAAAAAAAAAAUUAAAAAAAAACCUCAAACACGCAUCGAUUGAUCCUUCUUCAUGUCAUCCACUCACAAAAAACUAAAGACCGAAACUGUCGAGCUGGUCAAGCAACCUGAAGAGAAAGAUCUCGAGAGCUUCUUGUUCGGAAACACAGACGGUAGUCUCUGGGACAAGACAGGCAAAGAAUUACAAGGAGACGACGACGCCAAUAGCGAGAAAGAUAAUGACGAUGCAACCGAGACGGACGAGCAAGACCUCAAUGAAGAGCUCUUCUUUUUUGAUGCCGGACCUGGAUUUGUAGCUGAAGAGAAUGAAUCAACACCAAUGGCAUCCGAUGUAGAAGACCAGAGUCAAUCAGAUAACGAUUAUUCGGACGAUUCAGAAAGCGAAGAAGAGGAAGAAGAAGACUAUAGCCAAAAAUCUGCUUGGAAAGACGAUGACGACGCUCGCUUGCAAAUCUCUCUGCAGGGCUUGGGCCGACUUCGAAAAUUGCGCAAAACAGAGGAUGAAGAUCUUGUGAGUGGUGUUGAAUACGAACGCCGAUUACGCAAACAGUUCUCAAAGAUCUAUCCUCGUCCAGCAUGGGCUACAUUACCUUCUGAAUCAAGGAAACGCAAGGCAACAGCCGUCAUGUCAGACGAUUCAGAUGCAGAACAUAUCUCAGACGACGAGAAGCUGGAUGAUAUUGAUCGCUUAGAUUUGUUGAAGAGCACCUACGGUAUUCUCGAGAAACGCGGCUCAAGUCAUCUUCUUUCACCUCGUACCUUGGAUGUCAUGCGAAUGAGUGACGCAAAUCAAAUGUCCCGUAGCAAUGGUGAAGUGACCAAUAUUCAAUUCCACCCUAAUGCACAGGUCAUGAUGACUGCCAGUAAGGACAGAACCUUGAAGCUCUUCCAAAUUGACGGCAAAACCAACCCCAAAAUCCAGUCAGUCUACUUCAAAGGCACAUCUAUAUACUCAGCCGCAUUCCACCCCUCAGGCGAUCAGAUUGUGGUAUCUGGUCGACACCCACACUAUUAUAUUUAUGACGUCCAGACAGGAACAGUAGACAGAUGCCCAGGUAUAUGGGGCCGACCUGAGAAAUCACUAGAGAACUUCUCUCUCAGUCCAUGUGGACGGUACAUUGCAUUUUUGGGUACAAGUGGUACAAUCAUUCUAGUGAGCUUUUUGACAAAACAGUGGAUGGCAAACCUCAAGAUGAAUGGUGUUGUUGAGAGUGUAGACUGGUCCGCAGAUGGCAAGUACAUCUUUGGUAUCGGAAGUGAAGGAAGUGUCUAUCAGUUCGACAUUGGGCAGCGUCAAUGCGUAAAACGAUGGUUGGAUGAUGGUCAGAUCGGAGCCACUUGUUUACGAGUCAGUCCAAACGAGAACUACUAUGCUACUGGUUCAACAUCAGGCAUUGUGAAUGUCUAUGACCGCUCUGUACUUGAUCCCAAUGUCGGCAAGCCAAGACCCCUCAAGGCUAUUGGAAAUAUCAGAACCAAGAUUAACGAAAUCAGAUUCAACCACGAUUCGCAGCUUAUGGGAAUUUCAAGUCGCAAGGCUCGUGAUCAAUUCAAAGUUGUUCAUUUGCCUACAUGCAGUGUUUAUUCCAACUGGCCUACUGGCUCAACUCCAUUAGGCCAUGUAUCUUCCUUUAACUUUUCACCCAACAGUGAUUACCUAGCCAUCGGUAAUACCAAGGGUCGUGUUCUUCUUUACGCACUCAAGGAUUAUGCACUUUAGAAAACACUUGAUCUUACCUAUCACACAUACACUCUCUCUAUCUAUCUAUAUAUAUAUAUAAAUCAUCAUUUUUUUAAGAAAAAAAAAACAAAACAAAACAAACACCAAUUCUCAAUUUUUCACACUUUUUUUUUGCAUUUAUAUUAAAAAUAAGUGUCUUUGUUUGAGACACAGUCAUUUCC